UAUAUAUAGGUCUAAUCAUUUCCAAAAAUAUAUCAAGUCUUAAACCGGAACCAAUUCCUCCCACCCUGUCGGCAAUUCCCCACGGUUUAUAUAAGGCUAAGCACCACCAAACCAACUUCUUCUCAUUCCAUCACAGCUAACUCCAACAAGAAAUCACAACACGAGCGAGCGAGAGAGGGAGAAAGCCAUGGCGGAGGAAUUCCAGACAGGGAUCUACAACAGUGGUAGGUGGUGGAGCACCACAAGGACCGGCGUCUUCGACGGCCCGGUGAUGUCCACCUCAGUUUCAUGCUCGACGGAGUUCAACUGGGCCACCGCCGCCGACGUGGUCGAGGCCAAGUCAAGGUCCUCCGACGAGUCCCUAGGUUCAGUCUCCAACAGCUCUAUAACCUUCCAAGACACACAUAGACCCCCAGCCUCCGAUCAAUUUGCCGCCGAUCCCAUCGUGGAUUCCACGUUACAAGUAUCGGAUUUCGGCCUCUCCUCCCCAUCAGUCAAUUGGAAUCAACCUUUCUUAACAACUGGUGGAAGAGCUGAGAACAAUUUACCUGCCUUUCUCCAAGAGGACAUGAGCUCGGGAUCUUAUCUUCGACAUGAGCCGGUGAUCGAAUCCAAUCAAAUCCAUAUGAAUGUUGAGAGUUCCAGCUCGUUGAACCUUUUAGAGGACCUGAAACAAGGGCUAAUGCAUGACCAACAUCACUUGAUCUCCAGUGGUAAUAGCCGCCCACUCUUUCCGGCACCUUUUGGAUUACCUCCAACACUGCUUCAAUGCCUCUUUGAACCUGAAACAAAACAUCCAGAGUCUUUUAACAAUCAGAGGAUGGAUUCUCUGAUGAGGUAUCAUGGGGUUUUGAACGAGUCGUUACAAUCUGAGGCAGCCAAAUUGCCAGAGUUCGAUAAGGCCUUGCCUGUGAAGCAUCAACUCCAUUUCUCCAACAAUACUCCCUUCUGGAAUCCCUCGGCCAUUGCUACAACUGAAACGAGCUUGGGUCUUUACUCUUCAACAACCACUGACUUAGCCCCACAUGCCUUCGAGGGAAAAACAAGUUGCAGCAAUGUUUUGGUGCAGUCUAAUUCAGAGGGAGCUGGGGAAUCUAGGUCGAAUGCGACGAAGAAAAGUAGCAACGAGCCAGCAUUCAAGAAGCCCAGGAUAGAGACACCAUCGCCAUUGCCAACUUUUAAGGUCAGAAAAGAGAAGCUAGGGGACAGAGUCACUGCAUUACAGCAACUGGUGUCACCUUUCGGAAAGACCGAUACUGCAUCAGUUCUCCACGAGGCCAUCGAGUACAUCAAGUAUCUUCAUGAACAAGUUGGUGUUCUCAGUGCUCCAUAUUUGAAAAAUGGCCAUCAAGUGCAACACUUACAGAAUUCGGACGAAAUAAAUGGUGGAGAAGGACCCCAGCUAGACCUCAGAAGCCGAGGGCUUUGUCUUGUUCCGAUAUCCAGCACGUUUGCAGUGGUUAGCGAGACCCCAGUUGAUUUCUGGACUCCAACAUUUGGAGGAACUUAUAGGUAAUAUGUUGAGGAGGAAGAAGAGAAUAUUUUCUACUCCGAAUAGCAUGCCGUUAACACAAAGGUAGGUAGGGAAUGAUAGAUUGGGAGGAGGAGGAUAUAACCCAUAACUCCAUAUGACCUUUAGUAGUGCGGGUGAAAAGAGGAAGGAAAGCAAGAGGAAAUGGCCCAUCAGACACAACGUAUGUUGGGAAGGCUCCAAGAGGAUUGGUUGAAGGCUGGACAUAGAUUAGAGAGAUUUGAAAGGGAAUAAUUCAGGGUAAUAUUAUAAUUAAUUAGAGGUGGGUUAGGGAAUGGGAAAUGGUGCUAAAUGUAUCAGGGAAUGUGGGAUUAGUUUAGAUGGUGGGGAUAUUAUUGUCAGUGAAUGAACUUAGAACAAGAGAGUGGGCAAACAGGAAGGGGCAAAGAGGUGGGUCUUGUUCCAAGUUGGUGCGCGUAUAUUGUAUAAACUACGAAGGCUGGCACUACCUUUCUUUUAUAACAAAAAUUAAUGAUAUGGUAAGAAGGAAUAAUUGAUUUCAAGAGUAGAAACAAAUCUGUGGUCGUUUUGUUUUGGGAUCAAAAUUUUCAGUUUAUGGCCUA